GCGCCUUUGUUCCAUCUUGUGAGUGGGACCCGGGGUUAAGAUUUAAACUGAGGGGGAAAGGCUAUUUGCCAACAGUGAGAGGGCAGGAGAGGUCCAGGGCAUGUGCGUGGGGCAGCUCUGGGCUGCAUGGUUGUGUGUGUGUGAAGUCAUUCCCCCAAACCCUGGCUUCCUGUGUGUGUGAGUGAGUGGGGGUGGGGGUGCCCAUGGGAGGGAUGCUGUUGUUAUGGAGCUCACAGCCUGGCUCCCUUCAUGACUGACUGUCUGCGAUGGGCUUGAUCUGGAGCACAGCACUGCAGCCUUCCCUCAACUAAUCAUACACACCAUCACCCAUCUGUACUGACACCACCACAGGAGCACAACAGAAAUGAUCCACACGCCUAACUUGGAAUAGCAGGAUGGGUCUGGAUUUUGAUGUGAAAACAUUUUGUCACAACCUGCGUGCUACUAAGCCUCCAUACGAGUGUCCUGUGGAGAGCUGUCGGAAAAUUUACAAAAGCUACAGUGGCAUUGAAUACCACUUGUACCAUUAUGAUCAUGAUAACCCCAGUCAGCAGACUCCAGUCCGAAAACCCAAGAAGAAGGGUCGGAACUCACGGACAGGCACACAGCAAUCUCCAAACCCAUCGGAGAUCUCUCAGUCACCAAACCGGGAGAAUCUGACGUACGCUCAGGCACAGCGCUUAGUGGAGGUGGACAUUGAAGGGCGACUGCACAGGAUUAGCAUUUUCGAUAAUCUGGAGGUUCUGUCUGAGGAUGACACAACAGCAGAGGAUAUUGUUGAGUGCAACAGUAACAAAGAAAAUGCAGAGACAUUGACUGCCACCCCAAAAGCCAACAAGCAUAAAAACAAAGACAAACGCAAGGACUCCAGCCAUAACACCCCUGCUUCUGCCACCAAACUGCCAGAAGUGAUCUAUCGUGAAAUUGACCACAGUGCAUCAGACGCCCCUCCUCGACCGUUGUCGUAUUAUCGAUACAUUGAAAAAUCAGUAGAGGAACUGGAUGAAGAAGUUGAAUAUGACAUGGAUGAGGAGGAUUAUGUGUGGUUGGACAUAAUGAAUGAGAAAAGGAAAAUUGAAGGAGUGAACUUUAUCCCACAGGAGGUGUUUGAGUAUCUCAUGGACCGGCUGGAGAAAGAAUCAUACUUUGAAAGUCACAACAAGGGAGACCCAAAUACGUUGAUCGAUGAAGAUGCUGUUUGUUGUAUUUGUAAUGAUGGUGAAUGCCAAAAUAGUAAUGUCAUUCUUUUCUGUGACAUGUGUAACUUGGCUGUUCAUCAAGAGUGCUAUGGGGUGCCCUAUAUCCCCGAGGGACAGUGGCUCUGCCGUAGGUGUCUGCAAUCACCAUCAAGAGCGGUGGACUGUGCCUUGUGUCCCAACAAAGGUGGUGCAUUUAAACAAACAGAUGAUGGCCGUUGGGCACAUGUGGUCUGUGCUCUGUGGAUCCCAGAGGUCUGCUUUGCAAAUACUGUUUUCCUAGAGCCAAUUGACAGUAUUGAGCACAUCCCACCAGCACGCUGGAAGCUGACGUGUUACAUCUGUAAACAGCGUGGUUCAGGAGCAUGCAUUCAGUGUCAUAAAGCCAACUGUUACACGGCAUUCCAUGUAACCUGUGCACAGCAGGCAGGACUGUACAUGAAAAUGGAGCCUGUGCGGGAAACUGGUGCAAAUGGCACCUCAUUCAGUGUACGGAAAACAGCUUACUGUGACAUUCACACACCGCCUGGGUCAGUACGCAAGACCCCUGCGCUUUCCCACAGCGAAGGUGAAGAUGAGGAUGAUGACGAAGGAGAGGAUGGGAAAGGGCCCAGUUCAGAGAAAGUGAAAAAAGCCAAAGCUAAAUCGAGGUUAAAAAUGAAGAAGGCACGGAAGAUCCUAGCAGAAAAACGUGCUGCAGCGCCGGUGGUUUCAGUGCCCUGUAUUCCACCUCAUAGAUUAAGCAAGAUAACAGGUCAACUAUCAAUUCAACGUAAGAGCCAAUUCAUGCAGCGACUUCAUAGCUAUUGGACUUUAAAGCGACAGUCCAGAAAUGGUGUUCCACUCCUUCGGCGAUUACAGUCCCAUUUGCAGUCUCAACGGAAUGCAGAACAGAGAGAAUCAGAGGAGAAAAAUUGUGCACUAAAAGAGCAGCUGAAAUCAUGGCAGCGACUACGGCAUGACUUAGAAAGAGCACGGCUCCUGGUGGAGCUAAUUCGGAAAAGGGAAAAGCUAAAGCGCGAGGAGCUCAAGAUACAGCAAUUUGCUAUGGAACUACAGCUAACUCCCUUCCUUAUCCUCCUUCGUAAGACGCUAGAACAGCUCCAGGAGAAAGACACAGGAAAUAUUUUUGGUGAGCCUGUGCCUUUAAAAGAGGUUCCAGAUUAUUUGGAUCACAUUAAAAAGCCAAUGGACUUUCAAACAAUGAAAAAACAACUUGAAGGCUAUCAAUAUCGGACGUUUGACCAAUUUGAGGAAGAUUUUAAUUUGAUUGUGAACAACUGCUUGCAGUACAAUGCGAAGGAUACAAUAUUUUAUCGUGCAGCAAUCAGGCUAAGAGACCAAGGAGGUGCAGUACUGAAAUAUGCUCGUAAGCAAGCAGAGAAAAUUAGUUUUGAUUAUGAAACAGGGAUGCAUGUACCGGAGCCAGUGCCACCAGAAGACACUGGUCAACUAUUCUGGGAAGAAGAAGUAGAUCGGCUGUUGGUCACUGAGAACAGAUCACAUAUGCCAUUGGAAGAACAAUUGAAGGUACUUCUCAAUAAACUGGACACCAUGGGCUCCAUUAAACAGAGCAAUGGAAGGUCACGUCGGGCUAAGCUCUUGAGAAAAGAGGUUGCUAUGAUUCGACGGAAACUUGGUCAGCAUAGAGAGCAAAACGCAGGAUCAGAGCGGCAUGGCGUACCAGGUCGAGGGUCUACAGCCGGACUGAACCCUUCAGGAAAAGAUGGGCAGACGGACAGUGCUGCUGAGGAAAGCAGUAGCCACGAGACUGGAAAAGGUCUUGGCACUACUUCCUCGUCAGCCUCAGCGGCGGAAGUUGGUAGACGGACAAAGUUCCUUUUCACUGCAAAAUCCAAAAAUAAAUGUGUAGGUUUGCCUAAACGGCCAGGGCGACCACCGAAACAUCGUGAAUUUCAGGUCCCGCCAAAUCAGAACAGCAGUCCUCAGAAUCCAGCAGCAGCAACUCAGACUUUGACGAGGUCCAACCAGCCAAGGAAGCGAGGCCGUAGUCCAAGCACCACCUCUGAAAGCGAUAGUGAUAAAUCAGCUGGUGGCAACGCACACAUAGGGUUGCCAACAAAUGGGUUUGAUGGGGGGAACCAACCUGUGAAUGAAAGUUUCCGAGUGUAUCGGAAUGAACGAAGUCUACCACGCAGCAGUUCAGACACAGAGUCCAGUUCCAGCACAAGUAGCAGUGCAGCUUCAGAUCGCACCAGCACAACCCCUUCAAAACAGGGUCGAGGGAAGCCUUCAUUUUCCCGAGUGAAUUUCCAUGAGGAUAGCAGUGAAGACACAUCCUGUACAGAGAAUGAAUCUUAUCCAAUUGGAUCGGGCAGGCAUGCACAUGGUGUGCGCAAAGGAUUGAGCAGGUCAGCUGGCUGGAUAUCAGAUGAUGAGGAUAGUCCUUUGGAGUCACUGGAUUUGGUCUGGGCAAAGUGCAGGGGAUACCCAUCCUAUCCAGCUCUGAUAAUUGAUCCAAAGAUGCCUCGGGAAGGACUAUACCAUCACGGUGUUCCUAUUCCUGUUCCACCACUGGAUGUGCUCAAGCUUGGAGAACAAAUGACAGUGGAAGCACGGGAACACCUCUACCUUGUACUUUUCUUUGACAACAAGAGAACAUGGCAAUGGCUUCCUCGAACAAAACUUGUUCCUCUUGGUGUGGACCAGACCCUGGACAAAAUGAAGAUGUUGGAGGGGAGGAAAUCAAACAUCAGGAAAUCGGUGCAGAUUGCAUAUCAUCGUGCUAUGCAGCAUCGAAGCAAGGACAUGGGUACCAAAAUUGGUGGUUCAUUUGUGAAGAACAUGACACCAAACAGUGCAAUGCAGAAGAAAGUUGGCUACCUGAAAACACAUGUUAUUUCAUAGCUCUGUCUGUUAACAAGUGAACAUGAAUCGAUGACUCGGUCAGCUCAAUGUUACGCCCUAGGCAAAUUGUAAAUAAUGUACAUUGUUAUGUUAUGGAUUUUUUAACUUAUUUUUUGUUUGUAAACAUCUCAACAUUUCUAGACUUUAGGCGAGAACACUUCUAUGAGUACAUUAAAAUUGACAUCAUGAGACCUUUUCUAAAUUUUUGCAGAUAACUCUAGCAAACAGCAACCUGGUGUGAAGUGAUAGCUGAAGCACCAUUUUAAACAAUUGAAUUUAAAAAAAAAUUCUGUAAACACUUUCAUACUUUGGGCUGGGAGCACUGUACUCUAAUCCAGCAAAAAAAAACUAGAUAUUUCUUCCUUUAAAUUCUAGAAUGUUUUUUUCAGUUUGUAUUUAUUUUGGAAGAAAAAAAAGUCUAUCUGAUUCUUAGUAAAAUAAAUA